AUCGUAUUAACCGUUCUUUAAGUUUGCAUGAUUACGGUGCAAUAAAGGUAAAUAGGUUUUCUUUAGCAAUUUAUAUGUUAUUUCUACUAAAUAAUAUUGUCGAAAAAAGGCAUUAUGUCGCGUAGCAACCUGCAAUCAACUAUACACUAUACCUAGUAUGUGUGGCGAUUGGCCGCCAUCGCUCACAUCGCUGAACGUUGAAUGAGCGCAGCAUAACACCUAGUCCCAGUGAAGCUCAGCUCAGUUCAAGUCAGUUCGCUCGCUCCGCCGCGCCAACGCGCUUGCGUGUGAUACCUCGUGCCAAAAAUGUUACAAACAAUUUCGCACAACCAAAACACUCAGUGACAUCGUUUAAUACUGUUCUUUUAAAGAAAACAGUCUUUUAAAGUGCUCUGUGGGAUCAAAAGUGUCUGUGUUUCAACUCAUUCUUUUAACGACUGCACAAUGCGAAAGUUUUUCAUUAAAUUUGUCAAUGUGCACGAAAUAUUGACGGGAAAAUGUUGAAGGGAUAUUUUGUUUUCGUGUUCGUAUUCCAGUGUUUUUCAGCCGGCUUCAGCUCAAGCCUCCUGUGCGGGGGCACGAAUGAGCUGAGCCUCGGCAACGGGGCCGGCGCAGGCGCCGCCAUUGCGCUGGCGCUGGUGCGGCCGCCGGCGGCGCGCGGGCCCUGCUCGCUGCGGCUGCUUGCGCCUGACGCGGCUGCGUUUACUGCGAGGCUUAUUGAUGUUAAGGAGAACCUGUCAGAAUGGGAGCGCGGCGCUCUAGAAGUGUCAUCGCCCGCGCUGGUAGCGGGCGUGGCGCAGCAGGGCCGCAAAUGGGGCGCGCGCAGCGCCACCGCGCAGCACACGCGUGACGACCAGGCUCCGCCUAGGGCCAACGCUACUCAAGCUUGCAAGCUACUAGUGUACAUAGGCGACGCCAUAAAACCAAUAUGGCGCAUGAACCUCUGCGGCGGCAACGCAGCGGCGGUGGCCGCGCGCGCCGGUACCAAACUGCUGCCACCUAAGAUCAAGAUUGUGUGGAACCCGCCCACGUCACCUUAUCAGCACACCGAGAAGUUGAGGCUUGUGGUCACGGCGGUAAAUAGUGGCUCCGUAUGCAACAACGAAUCUCAAUUCAUCUGCGGCAUGACCAGCCUCUGCAUAUCCUCCUACCUAGUCUGCGACGGCGUUCGCCAUUGCCCUGGAGGCGAAGAUGAAGAUACGUCAGCAUGCAUGCAUAGGAGAGACCCACCACUCCUUGAACUGCUUAGGAGAUUCGCUGCCAGGAACCAGGAGUUGCUAGGCCUGGAUCAGAACGAUGGGAUGACGAAACCUUCUGUCAUAAGUGAUUUGAAACUUUCAGUGAAGAUCACCGAGAGCGAGCAGAAGUCCAACGCGUUCCUGGAGUUCGCGGCCGCGUUGAAGCCCUACGGCCCGUGGAGUUAUCUCGUGGUCGGCAUGCUGGUCUGCGCUACUAUCCUUAUGUUCUGUCUCGCGUGGGAAUGCUGCUGCAAGCGCUCCAAGCCGUCCGACACGCCUAUCAACAUCCCAGCCUCCUGCAUAGAUCUCUCCCCGACCGUCACGGUCACAGCAACCUCCCAACACCUCUUCUCCCCUACUCCCACCUCCCCUCCCGAGUACGAACCUCCCCCGUCUUACUCCUCCCUCUUCCCUAGAGCGUAUAAGUGCGAAGACCCCGUGCCACAGUGCUCGACGCAGCCCGAUUAGGUUUUCAAAUUAGGUACGAGGUUUUUAAGGUUUUUUAGAGAAUUCGGAAUGACAUUUGUGGUAUUCUUUGUCACAGGUGCGACUGACUUGUUCGAAAUGAUCGUGUCCCGACUGUGAGAUAUGUUUAUACCUUUGCACCUAGGCAUAGAGAAAUAUGUAAGCAUAGAGUGCUCAUUCUAUCAGUUUUGGUACCAAAACGCUUACUAUUUUCGUAUUCGACAUCUAGCAUCGAGUAGCGGAUUUAUCAGUACUGCUACUUGACAAUAGAUGCCGCGACGAACGAAAAAUUUAAAGCUCAACAAUUUUCAGCUAAUAUAAUAACAGGAUUAACUGGAACUUUUCAACUCCUUCUGCUUGUAAUAUUAAUUGUAAAUUGUUGACACAUACACUCGUGACACUAAAUCUACUACUACUAAAAAUCUGCUAGCUGGCGCUAGAUGUUGAUUACGAUAAUAAAAACGAAUAAAAGAUACUACCAAAGCCGUUUUGGUACUAAUACGAACACUGAUGUUUGGGGUGAGCAGUCUAUGUUACUUAUUUCUUUGUGACCUGGGGGCCUACCGCGAAAACCGAAAUUCGUAAAUUGCGGGGAUCUUUCUCUUUUACUCUCACUAAGACGUAAUUAGAGUGACAGAGAAAAAUGCCCGCAAUUGACGAAUUUCGAUUUUCCCGGUAGCCGCCCUGGGCAAGGUAAAGAGCCUUUGUAAAAUGUGGAAAAUGUAAACAUACAUAGUUUUGAAAACUGCUCGCUAGGGUGGACAUGUGAAGGAGCGUUGCAGAUAAAAGUCUGAGGAAAGAAAAAGUGACAGCUGGAUAGCAUUCUGCAGUUGCAUUACUGCUGCAACCUUGACGCAGGCUUUGUUACUGGCAAUAUUUUGUUAAAAAAAUGUUAUAAUCGCGACAGUAAUACCUUGAUCACACAUACCGACCGAGACAGCAAAUUGUGGGUGAGCAGGUGUUUUGCUUUUGCUUUUCCUGACGAGUCAGUUCACUUUCGAGAGAUUUGUCAGUCCGUCAAUAUGAAUAGCAAAAAGAAAAAAUCCCCACCCACAGAACAAUACUGGCAAGUAACGUGUGGUCGUAUUCAUAAAUGUCGACCGGCGAGCGAGUCGGCGCGGGGUAUGCUAAGAGGACUGCGGGGAUGGGCACUCGGCCUAGUAAACAUAAGGUCCGAGUGACUAGCUUGUCAGUUUGCCGAGCACUAGGCCGAGUACUCGUCACAACGCACACAAACCGAGCACUCGGCCGAGGCACUCUCUCGCCACUGUACUCGCGGUACGUGCGAUCAGGGCAUAAAUCAUUUUGUCGAGACUUCACAUGGUCCGCGUCUAGAUUGAAACAGUUAUUCAGCUGCAGUUGUGACCGAAUGUCACAUUCACCAAUGAUAUUUUACUUGAAUGCUAUAGUUUCCAAAGGACCUAAUUUUCUUUGAAAACUUAGUCAAACCGGGCUUCUAAAAAAUCUAGAAAUCUCGAUUGAAUCGGAAAUGUUAUGUGAUUUUGUGUUUGAUAUUGUCCUACGCUAGGGUCUGAUUUUAAGAUAGGCGUCGAUGCCACGCAUGUAGUGUAGGGUCAUGGAAAAAAUAAUCGGAGGGCCUAGCGCGAAAUACGAAAAUCGAAAUAACAUUAUCUGCCUCUCUUACUCGUAUUGCUCUUACCUUACAUUUUCGAGCGAUAGAGAGACUGAUUAGGAAAUUUCGAUUAUGGUAUUGUCUUGUUAUGAAACGGAAUUAUGCCCAAACUACAUGUCAUUACAUGGAAUAUUGAAAGUAAUCUUAUAUACUGUAGAGAUUAUAUUAUAAUUAGCGACUAAACCGUUGAUACAUAUUGUAAUAUUGACCAAUUGUACUCAAAACGAGUUCCUGUGACUUGCAAGUGUACUCACAUGAGCAAAACUGACAUAUUACCCUUUAACGGAAUAGUUUAAACUCUCAAAUGUCUAAACUGCAGAUGUUAAAGUUGCGGAAAGUAGGAAGUCUUUUUGAAAUAUCAAGAAAUGUUCAUAAUAAUUUGAAAUUUUUCUGACGUAGCGUCAGUCGUUUAAAUUCUUAAAUAAGUUUUUCACUUUAUUUUUUUGCAUUACCUGAUGCUACAUGCGUGUAAAUUGUAAAUAAUUAGUUAAGUAUAAAGUACAAUAUCUAAACAUCUAUUCUGGGACCAAAACUGUGUUGAUUUCAAUUUCUUUGUAUAUCAAGAUCUAUUCUGGUGUAUCAAAAAUAACCGUAAUAGCUGGCACUUAAUUCGGUCUCAAAUCUCAAAUAUAGCAAAUGAUUUUAAGUUAUUUUUAAACACCUUGGACAUUGCAUUUUAGCAAUAAGUUCGUUUAAAACAGUUAAUUGUUUUAAAAUGUGAUGUCCAAUUGGAUAUAGAUGUUGGUAUACAACAGUAUGAUCACCUAAUAAGAUGUUUUUUUUAAUAUUACACAAUAUAUGAAACGCCAUAUAUUACUAGAAAAACGCGAUACUACUAGCGCCAUCCAGUGUGGAGUAGCAACACCAAAUAUAUAUUGCUAUUGGCGAUGGCGCUACUGUCUCGCGUAACAACGAAGUUAAUAUGGAGCUAUGUUAGUUCUAUUUUUCGCCACCAGCGCUUUAUGUUUGUAAUUUCUGAUUAUUUCUUAUUUGGUGAUCAUCUUUAACAGGUAUAACUGCGUAGGUAUAGAUCGAAAUGCCUGAUUGUUUGUGCCUUAGCUGCCUUGUAAUUACGUGUGUACAUUUAGUUGUAAUGAUUAACGAUUUAAAACAGGUAUACGACUAAUAAAUACUGUACAAGUUGACUAGAUUGAUUGUUGUAAGUCGACUUAAGAAAUAUCGAACGGAUGACUUAUUGUAUACUAUACCUUUGUUACUUCUAUUGAUCUAACAUGGUUCUUUUAAAUCCCAAAUGAUAGCUAAACUCUGUUUUAUAUCCCAGAACUAAAAUAACAUUUUUGAUUAGCUAUUAUAAUCGGCAAUCAACGUCAAAAGUUAAAAUCAAAAGCAUUGCGCACAUUACCUGUUUUGGACUUAUUUUAUCCAAGAAAAAUCACAGAUCGGUUGGACAUAUUGGGGUAUUUAGUAUCUGACGGGGUUGAGAAGAAAUAAUUGACUUUGAAAACAGGGGCGAAUGUGAUUCAUUACAAAAAAACUUGGAAUUGUAAAAAGUAGGAAAUGCCUUUGCAUUCAUUAACGUUUUGACAAUGCUCAAUCAUACUGAAGUUGGUAAAUAAUAGUUUACUAAAAUCAGAGUUCAUUGUAUGAAAAAAACUGUCAGUUUUUUCAUAUGCCUAAUUACCUCAUCUUAUAUUAUAAGGAAGGCAAAAGAUUCCUUAUCAAAUAUCACAUAGAUUAAUGAAACGACACACGGAUAGACAUCAUUAAUUACAUCACAAUUUGCAUCGCAUUACAACUACUAUUAGGCAAAAGGAACCCUCAAAAAACCCUUAGUGCAUCAGCCACCUUCUUGAUUUCCUUUUUAACCCUUUGACCGCCAAAGACGACAAUUGACUGACGCGAUUACAGCAUAAUACAUGAUCGCGGCCGGCAAAACGGUCCACUUUGUCGCUUGCCAUAAAGACUUGUAUCUUUAUACGAAAAACCUGUCAAGCCGUCCUUAUGGCGGCCUUUUGCCGGCCGCGGUCACAAAUAUCAACCAUCGUGCAUUUCGACAAGGUCCUAGAUGAAGCGCCGCACAUGAUAGGCAUGGCGUUCAAGGGGUGUCCAUAUAAAGUUAUUUGGUAUUAUUAGUGUCCAUAUUCUUAAGUAGUUGGAAAAACUAUACCUGGCACAUAACACAAGAUCUGAUUGAAUCUCUUACUAGUCUUCAUUAUAGAAAUAUUUUCGUUUAUAGUAUUUUAUUUGAAUCUGUAGGUAAAUAACUCGUCUCAUGGUACGGUCAAAAUAUUAAACUAAGUAGAAUCUUGAUACUUUUAGUAACUUAAUACAAUUGUAAGUAGGUAUAAUUUUGCCAGCAUCGAUACACAAACUCAAAAGUAACUACAGAGUAGCAAUAAAGACCACUCGUCUUUUUUUAAGUGUAUGACUUUGAAAGGUACGGGUAAUUUAUGUCAUGCGCUGGAUAUUGUCGCGGCGCACACGUGCUAUAGUUCGUUAUUAUUUAGCAAUCAAAAAAACAAUCUUGACGAGUCUUUGUCUUUAUAAAUCAUAUACGAGUAUUUACAUUCAUUUAUAUUAAGUAAUUUUUAAAAAAGCGUUCUUCAAUAAUUUGCUAUAAAAAGACACGUCAAGAUUGUUUACCUUUUUUCUAAUUCUAAAAAACGAACUAACAAACUAUAAGCCUACUGAUGUUUUAAUUUAUUCAUCCAAUUUGAUGUGUAAUUUUCACACCCAAUUUGGGGCUAAUACACGUAGAUAACUUCAUUGUAUUCUUUCGAAUUUUGAUAUAAAUUAAUGUCUUUUUUCCAAAAAAAAAAAUCGAACGGGAGCUAAUUAUAUGAAAAAGCAAUUAUUAUACCUAAUUUUCUACUUAAGUUCUUAUGCUGACUGUAUUAAAAAUACGUUAAAUGUAACUAUUUAAAAAUCGGCUACAUGUCAAUUGGGGUCAAAGAUAUUAAAGGGGAAAAACUCAUUUACCCCACUGUUGCAUUCACCCCAGUUGACACAUCCGUUUCCUAAAUUUCCUACAAGAAAUUAAAUUAUAUGGUGGCAUGUAACUUCGAAUAUAAAAAAGUGAUAAUUAGUUAAGUAACUAUGUAUUAUAGAAAAACAAAUGAUUAAUACAAAAUAUUUAUUUAA